AUGCCGCCGCCGGCUGCUGAUGCUGCUGCCGGUGCCGGUGCCCCUUCCGACCACUCCUCCUCCACCGCCUCCACCCAUGCCCACAGGACCACCAAGGCCGGUACCAACCCGCUCGAGCCUGACCCCGACGCGGCCACCGCCCCGGCCGCCUCCGCUGGCUCUCCGUCUUCCGCCCCGGGCCCCCACAAGCGUGGCCUGUCGAUCAGCGAUGCCGCCUGCUCGCCCGCCGAGUCCAAUGCCUCCGCCGUCCUCGAGGACCGCCGCACCAAGAGGCAGCGGAGCACCAAGGGGUCCCGCGGCGUGGCGAACCUGACCCCGGAACAGCUUGCCAAGAAGCGAGAAAAUGACCGGCAAUCUCAGAGGCUCAUUCGUGAGCGGACCAAGACCCAGAUUGAGACUCUGCAUGCCGAGAUACGGGAGCUGAAGUCCCAGCAGCCUUACCAGGAACUGCAAGCCGCCGUCAGGCAGAAGGAGGCCGUCGAGGCCGAGAUGGCUGACCUCAAGAGACGGAUGGCGUCCAUCAUGAACCUGAUUCAACCCGUGCUCGGCGCUCAGCAAGGUACCUAUGCUUCACCGGGCACAUCAACACUGAUGCCAAACCAGCCUGGAUUGGUGCCUGCGGGCGUACCGCCACCGGGCAACAACGCAGCCUCGACUCCUCCCAGCACGGCCUCGCCGCUGUCGGCGGAUCCAUCGUGGCAUCAGGGGGGUAUACCCAGCGCCGGGUCGUCGACGCAGGCGAGCCCAAACUUCAACCAGGCCAACCUCAUAAUCCAACAGCGACAGAAUUCGCUUCAUGCGCUGGACUUGAACUCAACAGGCGAGCAGCUGAAGCUCGACUUUCUGCUUGAUCCAAGCUUGUCAGAUAGGAUGAAUCGCCUGCCGCCUGGCGUCGGCGAACCGCAAGAUGCUCCCGGCUAUGUGCCCCCUUGGAAUGGCAUCUCCAUGCCGUCGCCUCGUUCCGGCUCACUGGCCCAAGUCUCGGCCCAGCUCCCGAAUCACACGCGGCAGCCUCAGUCUCGCUCAGACUACGCCUACUACGCACCAGAGAGCAACGUGCCAGCGCAAACCCCGCCGCCCUGGGCCGGCUUUACGGCACCGAUCAAGAACUGUAGUCCCACAUCCCCUCUUGACCACUUGCUCCUGGACUUCCUGCAUGAGCGGCGGCAGAGGGCCGCCGAGGGCGUGCCCACCCAGGACAUCGUGGGGCCGCGGUAUCCGUCGGUGUCGUCCCUGCUCAACUCGGCCGUGUUCUCUCACCCGCUGUCCAAGGUGUUUACCGACAUCCUCGCGACAUUUCCAGGGGUUCGCACGCUGCCCGAGCGCGUCGCGAUACUCUACAUCAUGUUCCUGAUCAUGCGGUGGCAGAUCUCGCCCACCAAGGAGAACUACGACCGGCUACCCGACUGGGUCCGGCCGACCCCGUCCCAGAUCCACGUCGCGCACCCGGCGUGGAUCGACCACCUGCCCUUCCCGCUGAUGCGCGAGAAGAUCGCCAAGGAAUAUAACCCGACCCAGUACCUGUUCGACAACUUCUUCGUGCCCUUCACGGCCACCAUCUCGCUCAACUGGCCGUACGAGGAGACGGACGCCCUGCUCAUGGGCCCCGACGACGUCGAGAUGAUUAACCCCGUCUUCGAGCGCCACCUGCGCCGCAACGAGAACUGGACCCUGGGCGAGCAGUUCCACCGCGACUUCCCCCAGCUCGAGGGCACCUACAACCUGAAGAGAGACUCCAGGGGCAGCUGGAGCGCGAAUGGCGGUGGCGCUCCCGUUCCCGGCCACAGGUGA